AUAAAUGGGAGGGUGGGGCAGGCGUGGGGGCCACUCGCUUGGCUGUCCUCAGCCGGAGCUGGAGGCCAGUGAGCCGGGCCAGGCAAAGCCUCUCUCCUCUUUGCAGCUUUUCUUUCUCUCUGGAAUUCCACUCAGCAACGACAGCAGCAAAAACCGCGGUGUGGUGGGGCAGAUGCCAGCUCCGGUCGUUCGUUUCUGUGUACCGAGCACAGUGCCACUGUCACAUCAGGGUCACAGGAUGAGAUUAGCCCGAGGCCGGUCAGAGGGCUGAGUCAGGCCUGUAGCCCAGGUCUGCCAGAUGCCGAAACCUGCGCCCUCUCCAUCACGUUCCUCUUCCAGAACUGCGACGUACACCAAGAUGUCGCUCGUCGCCAUGCCCUUCUACCAAAGGAGACACAAGCACUUCGACCAGUCGUAUCGUAAUAUUCAAACACGGUAUCUUCUGAAUGAAUAUUCAGCGAAAAUGCGAGCUUCGAGCCAGUCGUCCUCGCAGAAAUCCUCUAUUCAGCAGUCGUCCUCGCAGAAAUCCUCUGCUCAGCAGUCGUCCUCGCAGAGAGCUUCCAGCCUGACGUCCCUGGGCGGGACCACCUGCAGGCUGUGUGCGAAGAGGCUGAGCUCUGAGUCGGAGGAGGACGAGCAUGAGAGUAAAAGAAGGUACCAGUCCCAGGUGGCUUUGUACGGAGAGGCGAAGCGGGAACGCUUUCUCAGGGAGCUCGCUGAGCUGGAGGGCAGUGUGCACCUGGCACGGUCACAGGCUCGCGACAAGCUGGACAAAUACUCCCUUCAGCAGAUGGCGGAGACCACGCUGGCCUGGGAGAGGCACGCGUUCGAGGAGCGGAUGCGACGAGCCCCUGACAUACUGGUGCGGCUGAGGUCCCACACGGUCUGGGAGAAGACCUCCGUGAAGCUGUGUUUCACCGUGCAGGGCUUCCCCACCCCCGUGGUGCAGUGGUACAAAGAUGGGUGUGUGCUCAGCCAGGCGGCCGAGCCCGGCAAGUACAGAGUGGACAGCAAGUAUGGCGUGCACACCCUGGAGAUCCACAGGGCGAACUUCGAGGAUACGGCCACAUACUCAGCGGUGGCGACCAACGUGCACGGGCAGGUGUCCACCAGCGCCGCCGUGGUGGUGAGAAGGUUCCGAGGGGAGGAGGAACCCUUCUGUUCCGUGGGACUCCCGAUUGGCUUGCCCUUAACGACCGUCGUUCCACACAUGCACUUCGAUGUCCAGUUUUUGGAGAAAUUCGGGGUCACCUUCAGAAGGGAAGGCGAGACGGUCACUCUGAAGUGCACGCUGCUGGUGACGCCGGACCUGAAACGCGUGCAGCCGCGGGUGGAGUGGUUCCGGGACGAUGUGCUGGUGAAGGAGUCCAAGUGGACAAAGAUGUUCUUCGGGGAAGGCCAGGCCACCCUGUCCUUCAGCCACCUGAACAAGGACGAUGAAGGCCUCUACACCUUGCGGAUCGCGUCGGGGGGCAGCGUCCGUGAGCACAGCGCUUUCCUGUUUGUCAGAGACGCUGACCCGCUGGUCACAGGGGCUCCUGGCGCACCCAUGGACGUGCAGUGUCAUGAUGCAAACCGAGAUUACGUCAUUGUCACUUGGAAGCCGCCCAACACGACCUCGGAGGGCGCCGUCAUCGGCUAUUUCAUUGAUCGAUGUGAAGUGGGAACUAACAAUUGGGUUCAGUGCAACGACUCGCCCGUAAAAAUCUGCCAGUACCCCGUCACCGGGCUGUUUGAAGGGCGGUCUUACACGUUCCGUGUGAGGGCCAUCAACAACGCGGGCAUCAGCCGGCCGUCCAGAGCCUCUGAAGCUGUGGCUGCCCUCGACCCCGCUGACCUCAAAAGGCUACAAGGUGACGUUCAGAUUCCAGGACCACCCACCAACGUCCAUGCCUCCGAAAUCAACAGGACGUACAUUGUCCUCAGCUGGGACCCACCUGUUCCCCGUGGCAAGGAGCCGCUGAUGUACUUCAUUGAGAAGUCCAUGGUCGGGAGUGGCAGCUGGCAACGGGUCAACGCCCAGCUGGCCGUGAGGUCCCCUCGAUACGCCGUCUUUGACCUUGCUGAGGGGAAGCCGUAUGUGUUCCGAGUUUUGUCCGCAAACAAGCACGGCCUGAGUGACCCAUCGGAAAUCACUCCCCCCAUUCAGGCUCAGGACACCAUUGUCACCCCUUCUGCUCCCGGCCGGGUCCUGGUGUCGCGGAACACCAAGACGUCGGUGGUGGUGCAGUGGGACCCGCCGAAGCAAGGAGAGGACCUGCUGGGCUACUACGUGGACUGCUGUGUGGCAGGGUCCAACGUCUGGGAGCCCUGCAACCACAAGCCCAUCAGCUACGACAGGUUCGUCGUGCACGGACUGACCACGGGCGAGCAGUACAUGUUCCGGGUCAAGGCCGUCAAUGCCGUGGGCAUGAGCGAGAGCUCCCAGGAGUCCGACGUCAUCAAGGUCCAGGCCGCCCUCAGCACGAAGGAAGUCAGCGCUGGCGUGGACGAGGAGGGUAACAUCUACCUGAGCUUUGACUGCCCGGAGAUGACGGAUGCCUCGCAGUUCACUUGGUGUAAAUCCUACGAGGACAUUGCGGGUGAUGAGAACUUUUACAUCAAAACCGAGGGGGACCACUCCAAGCUGUACUUUAAGAAUCCGGACCAAGUGGACUUGGGGACUUACUCUGUGUCUCANGUGGACAAGCGCGAGGCUCACCAUAAGAACUGGCACGAGGUCAACUCUUCCCCUGUCAAAGAGAGGCUCAUCACGGUGGAAGGUUUGACAGAAGGCUCAUUAUAUGAAUUCAAAAUUGCUGCCACCAACCUGGCGGGGGUCGGGCAGCCCUCGGACCCCAGCGAGCUCUUCAAGUGCGAGGCCUGGACGGCACCGGAACCUGGUCCUGCCUACGACCUGACGUUCUGUGAGGUCAGGAACACGUCGCUGGUCCUGCUGUGGAAAGCCCCGGUGUACUCCGGCAGCAGCCCCGUUUCUGGGUAUUUUGUGGACUAUAAGGAAGAAGGUUCCGAAGACUGGGUCACCGUCAACGAGGCGGCCACUGCGGUCCGUUACUUAAAGGUCUCUGACCUACACCAAGGUAAAACCUACGUCUUCCGCGUGCGGGCGGUGAAUGCCAGCGGUGUGGGGCUGCCCUCGGACGCGUCUGAGCCGGUGCUCGUGGAGGCCAGGCCAGCUGUGUCUGUAAGUGACACGGAUGGAGUGUCCUCCAGCUUUGUCAUGGAUGAAGGAGAGCGUGAACGCUUGAUGGCACUGAGCAAUGAAAUCAGAAACCCCACGAUUCCUCUGAAAUCAGAAUUAGCUUAUGAGGUUUUCGAUAAGGGCCAGGUUCGCUUCUGGCUGCAGGCUGAGCAGUUAUCACCCGACGCCAGCUACCGAUUUGUCAUUAAUGACCGAGAAGUGUCAGACAGUGAGACACACAAAAUUAAAUGUGACAAGUCAACUGGCAUCAUUGAGAUGGUGAUGGAUCAAUUUACUAUUGAGAAUGAAGGUACCUACACAGUGCAGAUUCAUGACGGAAAAGCCAAAAACCAAUCUUCUCUGGUUCUUAUUGGAGAUGCGUUCAAGGCUGUCCUAGAAGAGGCUGAGUUUCAAAGGAAAGAAUUUCUCAGGAAACAAGGUCCUCAUUUUGCUGAGUACCUGCACUGGGACGUUACAGAGGAGUGUGAAGUUCGUCUUGUCUGUAAGGUCGCAAACACCAAGAAAGAGACAGUGUUCAGAUGGCUGAAGGAUGAUGCUCUGUACGAGACUGAAGAUGUGCCCGACCUGGAGAAGGGCAUCUGUGAGCUGCUCAUACCGAAGUUGUCCAAGAAGGAUCAUGGUGAAUACAAGGCGACCUUGAAAGACGAGAGAGGUCAAGAUGUGUCCAUCCUGGUGAUCGCCGACAAAGUGUAUGAGGAUAUAAUUCUGGCGAUGAGCCGAGUCUGCGGGGCGUCGGCCUCUCCACUAAAGAUUCUCUGCACCCCAGACGGAAUCAGACUUCAGUGUUUCAUGAAAUAUUUUACCGAAGAAAUGAGAGUGAACUGGUAUCACAAGGACGCGAAGAUUGCCUCCAGUGAGCACAUGCGCAUUGGCGGCAGCGAAGAAAUGGCCUGGCUGCAGAUCUGCGAGCCCACGGAGAAGGACAAAGGGAAGUACACUUUUGAGCUCUCUGACGGCAAGGACAACCACCAGCGCUCCCUGGACCUGUCUGGCGAAGCUUUUGAUGAAGCGUUUGCAGAGUUCCAGCGGCUCAAGGCAGCUGCUUUUGCAGAGAAAAAUCGUGGCAAGGUGAUUGGUGGCUUACCUGAUGUGGUGACCAUAAUGGAAGGCAAGACCUUGAACCUGACCUGCAUGGUGUUCGGGAACCCCGACCCCGAGGUGGUGUGGUUCAAGAACGACAAGGACAUCGAGCUGAACGAGCAUUUCGCAGUCAAGGUGGAGCAGUCCAAGCACGUCAGCAUGACCAUCAAGGACGUGACCUCCGAGGACUCGGGCAAGUACAGCAUCAACGUCAAGAACAAGUACGGCGGCGAGAAGAUCGACGUCACCGUCAGCGUGUACAAGCACGGGGAGAAGAUCCCAGACACGGUGCUGCCCCAGCAGGCCAAGCCCAAGCUCAUCCCGGCGUCCACCUCCACAGCCGCCGAGUAGGGAGCCGGUGCCGGGAGGCGGAAAACGCCCACCGCGUGGGAGUGCCGUGUGCGGGUGCUGAGUGAUUUCACGUGUGGCCGGAUAGCAGCUCCUAUGUUACGCUUUUAACUUUGGCAUUUGGUCAGUGUUAGUUUAUGUCCAUCAGGGGGAACGUGAAAGGGUUGUGUGCCGAGCCCCUGUCCACGCUGGUGGCUGGACUCUGGUGUGACCAGAUCUAGCGGCUCUCUGACAUCCUGGUUGGGGAGCCUUUUACACCGGUGUUACCUGGUCACACUGUAUUUUUUUCUUGCUUCAAGCUAAUAAAACGUUAAGAGGCAGCUUGUCGUGGCUCUGUACCAAAUUGUACCUCACGACACCUGCUUGCUUCUGUACAAUUAUGGAUUAUCAGGAGGUUCACAGCUGGUUGCCUUCCAAUCCGGAGAGCCUGGAGGUAAAUCCACUUGCUGCAGAUCCCCCUCCAACAGCUGUACCCCUCAGGGCUUGGUGACAAGGUGACAGAACCUGGCCAGGAGAGGUACCCACAAAAUCACAGUUCUUAAGAAGGUGACACCUUGUGCAGGCUUAGAAAUGCUAAGUGGUUAUCAUAUCAAGGGUCCAAAAGUCUCUGCGGAGGGAAAUGAGAUGCAAACAUAGAUAGCUGUGUUCUUUUUAAGUGUGUUAAUGAAUUAGUAGGGAUUU